GUUUCGCUUUGACUCUCUUCCAAAAAAAAAGCGAAAGAAAGAAAGAAACAACUCAUUCGUGCAUUUCAAUCUUCAUUCCAAUGCUGUUCGCCCAAAAUUUACCUGAGACCGAAACAUCUGGAAUUACAAGUGUCUUGGUUCGCGAAGACCUUGUUAGUGAUGUAACACUUACUGUCAUUUCGCAUCCUUAUCUCGAUGAUCUUCUCGAGAAGAUCAGAGGAGAAGCUGUUCCAUGGUCUGAUUAUAAGGGAGCCGGGCUUAUUACAGAGGAUGAGGUGGCAAUGAUCGCCCAUGUGGAGAAUAAGUCUUCAGAAGAAAUAUCAAGCGCUAUGUCAGAGCAUGGAAUUCAUUAUGCAGCCAUGUACCUUUCGCUCAUUCAUAAGUUGGCACGCGUAGAUGCAAUUCAAAAGGUUUUGAUAUUGAUUCAUGACAUGAUACAUGACCAUGAUGAACGUAUCCAACUAUUUCAUGAGGCAAGUAAGGGGAAGGAAGGCUUCCCUUUCACUCCAUUUCACAGAGCACUGCACAUAAACGAUGAGUUUAUUACCAUUCAGUCGAGUAAGAUCUUGACUAUGUUGAUAUGCUCUUCUCCAAAACAAGAUCCCAAUAUCAAUGAAUUUUUCCGCAACAUUACAUUUCAGCUUCAGAGCAGACAGGCUCACACAGUAGAACUUAAUAUCCAGAUUCUAAAUGCGUUGUUUCAUAUUCCUCCUUACAGAAUGAUAUUUUGGGAUACAUUGCAUGCCAUGAAUUCGCUGGUAAAUGUACUCAAACGAGGUAGUUCCAAUCCACAAAAAGUAUACGAGACAUUAUUUGCUAUUUGGCUUCUUACCUUUGAGAAGCAAAUUUCUACUCAUUUGAACGCUAAAUACGAUGUCAUUCCCACCUUGAUUGAUAUUGCCAAGUCAGCAGUCAAAGAAAAGAUUAUUCGCAUAGUUGUAGCUAUAUUCAAGAACUUCAUUCAACUUGCACCAAAAUCCAAUCUUUCGGCAAUGCUCGUAGCCAAGUUGUUACCCUUUGUUGAGCACUUGGGCACACGUAAAUGGUCUGAUCAGGAUAUGAAGGAUGAUAUUGGGUUUAUCCAAACAGAGCUUCAAGGCAGUUUUCAAAGCAUGACUACAUUUGAAGUCUAUGCGUCCGAACUUGAGACCGGUAAGCUGGAAUGGUCACCUCCCCACAAAUCCGAGAAUUUUUGGCGUGAGAAUGCUAGUCGGUUGGACGAAGAAGGCCACAAGCUACUAAAAAUCCUGGCCCGUCUGUUGAGCUCUUCUUCCCCUCUUGUGCUUGCUAUUGCAUGUCAUGAUCUUGGCCAAUAUGUUAAAUAUAGACCAACAGAAGGAAAACAACUCUUGCAGAGCAUUGGUGCCAAGCAACGAAUUAUGAAGCUUAUGACGCACGAGGAUCCCGAUGUCCGUUAUUACGCCCUAUCUGCUACUCAAAAAUACUUUGCUAUGGUCUAAUGCAAGUCUUCUUUCGUCGAUUAUAUAACAAAAACAAAGAAGGAAAAGAAAUAAAUAUUAUGCGCUCUUAUUAUUAUGGAUACAAUUGACUGCUUAAUAAUAAUAAUAAUAAUAAUACGAUAUUAUAAGCCGU